UGGCCACUGCGAGUGUGAAAUAUCGAGAAAUAAUUGUUUUCUUAAAUUUAGAAAGCAAGAGAGUAACUUUGCACGAUGGAAAUGUUGUCUUGCUAAAUGAGAAUGGAAACAAGUAUUGGUGCUGAUCACUAUCAAUUUGUUGUUUCUGAUGAGAUUUUUCAACAAAAAAUUGAUUUGGUAAAUCACAAUAAAAUACAUGUAAAUGAUGAGAAAAACGAUGUCAGAGAUGCCAAUUGUGAUGUGCACUUUGAUAAUGUGGGCAUAUUUCAUAAAAUUAAGACCAUGGAUGAACAAAAUAGCCCAAGGAAAGAUUCUGGAAGAAAUUCAAACAACAACAUCCAGAGAGGAAAGCAAGAAAUCAGAAUUGAGAAGAUAGCUUCACGAACUAAACAAAAUAAAAAAUGUGGCAGUGGUUUAAAAAUUUUGACCGGUACGAUGAAAAGUACUCAAAUCGAAAAAUUAGCUAUUCAUACGGAUGAGAAAUGCUAUUUAUGUGAUGUUUGUAGUAAAUCAUUUAAUCACAAGAGUCAUUUUCAGGCACAUUUAAGAAUUCAUUCAGGUGAAAAGCCAUUUAAAUGUGAUGUUUGUACUAAAUCAUUUAAUCAGAAAAGUAAUUUACGCAAUCACAUGAAAAUUCACUAUGGGGAAAAAUUGUUUAUGUGCGAUGUUUGUAGUAAAUCAUUUGUUAAAAAGGGUCAACUUGAAGUUCAUAUGAGAAUUCAUACUAAAGAGAAACCUUUUAAAUGUGAUGUUUGUAGUAAAUCAUUUACCCAGAACAUUAACUUACAAGAACAUAGGAGAACCCAUACAGGGGAAAAACCAUAUACAUGUGAUUUCUGUAAUAAAUCAUUUACUCAAGGACACCAACUUAAGAAUCAUCGACGAAUUCAUACUGGUGAAAAACCUUACAAAUGUAAUAUUUGUGGUAAAGCUGUUAGUCAGAAAAGUAAUCUUCAACGUCACAUUAAAACCCACACGGGAGAUAACCCAUCUGAAUAUGACAUUCUUAGUCAUUCUUUAGGAGUAAAUGAACUAGGUGCCUGCUCAAUGAAUAUUUGUAAUAAACUAUUCUCCAAUCAAAAAAUUCUGAAUAAUCCUAAGGCAAAAGACACCAGUGACAAAAUCUUUAAAUGCGAUGUUUGUAAGAAAUUAUUUACUUCCAGUAAAUCACUUCAAUUACACACUGAAUGUAAUGAAAAGGAAUGUGAUAUAUUUGAUAGGCCCUGUUUUCUAUUUGAAAAUAAUGAUGAGAAGAUCAUACGUGAAACUUGUGACACUCAUCUGAAGGAGGCCACCGACUCCAACAAAUAUUCUAAAAUUGAUUCUAAAAAACAAAAGGAAAAGGAUGUAAUAUUAUCUGAACUAGAACAAAUGGGUGAAUCAGAUGAUUUUGAAAAUAAAACCAUGGAUACUGUUGACUCCGAAACCUUUUAUAAUGUUCAUUUUGGUGAAGAGGAAACUGAAGAAGCUACAACAUUUUGCAAAAGUGAUUUCACAAAUAAAAAUAGUAUUUGUAUGGAAAAGUCUAAAAGUUGUAACAGCAAAAGUAAUUUCAUAUCAAGUACCAGUAGAUUUGUCCCUAUUCAGUGUUCUGUGUGUCAAAUAAAUUUUAAACAAUACAGUGACCUAGAAAUACACAAUAAGAUACAUUUACAUUUAGACAAUACAGAGAAUACAUCACAGAAAGAAGAAAAUGUUACAGAUGAUAUUGUUAACAAGACAUUUCCUGAAGAACAAUUACUUUUGGAACAAACUAAGAGUCAUAUUAAAGAGUCUGAGAAAUGUUAUUUAUGUGAUGUUUGUAGUAAAUCAUUUAACCACAAGAGUCAUUUUAAGGCACAUUUAAGGAUUCAUUCUGGUGAGAAACCAUUUAAAUGUGAUAUUUGUGGUAAAUCAUUUAAUCAGAAAAGUAAUCUUGGCAACCAUAAGAAAAUUCACAAUGGACAGAAACCCUUCAUGUGUAAUGUUUGUGGCAAAUCUUUUUCUACUUUAAGUAAUUUACAAACACACACCAGAACGCAUACUAAAGAGAAACCUUUUAAGUGUGAUGUUUGUAGUAAGUCAUUUACUCAGAACACAAACUUACAAGAACACACAAGAACUCACACUGGAGAAAAACCAUUUAAAUGUGAUCUGUGUUUCAAAUCUUUUUCCCAAAAUCGUCAUUUGAAGAGUCACAUGAGAAUUCAUACUGGAGAAAAACCUCAUACAUGUGAUGUUUGUAGUAAAUCAUUUGGUCAAAAAAGUAAUCUGGGUCGACACAUGACCAUACAUUCAAGGCACUGACUAUAAAUAAUUAAUACUUUUUAAAUCAAUUAAAUUUCUGUAAUUUUAUCAUCUGUAUCAAGGCUAUGACUGUCAAUAUUAAAUACUCUACAAAAAUGUGUUUUUCUGUAUUAAAUCUAAGAUAUUUUAUUACAUAAUGCUAUUUAAUUUAUUUAUUAUAUCAGGACUAUCUGCAUGUACACAAGCAAAUUCUCCAAUCACAUUUCACUCAUCCACAUUUCAUUUGCCCAUAAUGCUUUCAACAUAGCAGUUUCUUUUUUGUGCAAAUGAUGGAUACAUGUAACUGUAGACUUAUUAAAGGGCACAUACCACUAUUCAUUGGAACCUGAAAAUAGAGGAAAAUGGGUCAUUUGUCGUUUGUGAUUUGGACUCAGUCAGCCAUUUUAAAUUACUUUGGCUUUGUUUUUUUGGGUAUGUUUUCUUGGUUCAUUACAAAUGGCACUUGAAACCGUUAUGUCUGUAGAAUACACAAGAGCAUUUACUGAUCUUAAAAUGUUCACUGUAUCUUUAAAUAUUGAACAUUAGGAUCCAUUAUUUUCCUAGUAAUAUAGCAACAUGACUAUUGAUUAAA